CUUUUUGGAGGAGGAGGAGGUGGAGAUGGAGAUGGAGAAGGAGGGGGGGCACCGUGUGUGCGUCAGUAAGUCAAACAUGUUCCAAUAACCGGCUAUAUUAUCUGCUGCUAUUUGCAGUUUGCUGUAGCCAGGCGCCAGACUGAGCUUGAGCAGAAACCUGCAGCGCUUUUCUUCUCACUGCUCCUGCGUGAUGGAAACGGUCUCAAAAGGAAUGGCAUCUGCGAGGCUGCUGGCAGGAAACAGGAGUCUAACCCUUCCCCCUGGCAAUACAAGCAACGUGCCAAAGACCACACUUUUGUCUGAACCUCAGCUCUAAGAGGACGUAGGAUGGCAACAGGCGCGAGGAGAAACACAAUGAUGGAAAAUAGAUUUGGCUUGCAUAUGAGGCUGUUGACAGUGAUUGUGUUACUGGGAUCUGAUCUGAACUGGCUGGGACUGAAAGACAAGGUUGGGGUCCAAGCCCAGAAUACUGAAAGGCGGGUAUUAGCACAUAUCCCCGGUGACAUCAUCAUAGGAGCUCUGUUCUCUGUCCAUCACCAACCACCUGCAGACAAGGUCCAUGAGAGGAAGUGCGGUGCGGUGCGGGAGCAGUAUGGGAUCCAGAGAGUGGAGGCCAUGAUGCACACUCUGGAUCGGAUUAACGCGGACCCCUCUAUCCUCCCAAACAUCACCCUAGGCUGCGAGAUCAGGGAUUCGUGCUGGCACUCUGCAGUGGCGCUGGAGCAGAGUAUUGAGUUCAUCCGGGACACGCUAGUGUCCAAUGAAGAGGAGGAGAGCCAGGGCAGGUGUACCGCAGAGGCGGGCAGCUUGCUGUUACAGGCGAAGAAGCCCAUUGUGGGGCUGAUUGGACCGGGAUCCAGCUCUGUGGCAAUUCAGGUGCAAAAUCUCCUCCAGCUCUUCAACAUCCCGCAGAUAGCUUACUCAGCCACAAGCAUGGACCUCAGUGACAAGAGCCUGUAUAAAUAUUUCAUGAGGGUGGUGCCAUCAGAUAUGCAACAGGCCAGAGCCAUGGUGGACAUUGUCAAGAGAUAUAGCUGGAGCUACGUAUCCGCAAUACACACAGAGGGUAAUUAUGGAGAGAGUGGUAUGGAGGCAUUUAAAGACAUGGCAGCAAAGGAGGGGAUCUGCAUCGCCCACUCAGAUAAGAUAUACAGCAAUGCAGGGGAACAGAGCUUUGACAAGCUAUUGCAGAAGCUACGAGGCCACCUGCCCAAAGCCAGGGUGGUGGCCUGCUUCUGUGAGGGCAUGACGGUGCGAGGCAUUCUGAUGGCCAUGAGGCGACAAAAUCUGGUAGGAGAGUUUCUGCUGGUUGGAAGUGAUGGCUGGGCUGACAGGUACGAUGUGACAGAUGGCUACCAGAAGGAGGCGGCUGGUGGAAUCACUAUAAAGCUUAAGUCAGCCUACGUGACCUGGUUUGAUGAUUACUACCUGAACCUGAAGCCUGAUGCCAACCAGAGGAACCCCUGGUUCUCCGAGUUCUGGCAGCAUCGCUUCCAGUGCAGGUUGAGGGGACAUCCACAGGAGAGCAGCAUGUACAACCGCACCUGCAACUGGAGAGAGUCUCUGCGCCAUCAGUACGCCCAAGACACCAAGAUGGGCUUUGUCAUAAAUGCUAUCUAUUCCAUGGCUUAUGGCCUGCACGCCAUGCAGGAAGCCCUGUGUCCAGGAUAUAAGGGUUUGUGCGAGAGCAUGCGACCCAUUGACGGCCGUAAGCUUCUGGAAUUCCUGAUGAAGACCAACUUUACUGGAGUAUCUGGGGAGACGAUCCUCUUUGACCAGAAUGGAGACUCGCCUGGCAGGUAUGAAAUCAUGAACUUCAAGCACAUAGGCGAGGACGAAUACGCUUACAUCCACGUGGGAAGCUGGGACCAGGGUGGCCUAAAAAUGAAUGAUGAGGAAAUCUGGAGUAACGACAGUGACAUCAUCCAGUCAGUCUGCUCCGAGCCCUGCCAGAAGGCGCAGAUCAAAGUGAUCCGUAAAGGAGAGGUGAGCUGCUGUUGGACUUGUACUCCCUGCAAGGAGAAUGAGUAUGUGUCUGAUGAGUACACUUGUCGAGCUUGUGUGCUUGGCUCCUGGCCCACGGAUGACCUCACUGGUUGUGAGCCCAUCCCGGUGCAGUAUGUGCGUUGGGGGGAUCCGGAGCCAAUCGCAGCAGUAGUCUUCGCCUGCCUGGGCCUCAUGGCUACACUUUUUGUUACUUCUGUCUUUAUCAAAUUUUGGGACACUCCUGUGGUCAAGUCAUCCAGUCGUGAGCUCUGCUACAUCAUCCUGGCUGGAAUAUGUCUGGGCUACCUGUGCACCUUCAGCCUUAUCGCCAAGCCCCACAUAGUCUACUGCUACCUCCAGCGGCUGGGAAUCGGCCUGUCCCCUGCCAUGAGUUACUCCGCUCUGGUCACCAAGACCAACCGUAUAGCGCGGAUCCUGGCAGGCAGCAAGAAGAAGAUCUGCACCAAGAAACCACGCUUUAUGUCCGCCUGCGCACAAUUGGUCAUCGCCUUCCUCCUCAUACUGCUGCAGCUGGGGAUUAUUGUGGCACUUCUUAUCAUAGAGCCACCACAGGUUAUCUAUGACUACCCCAGUAUCCGCGAGGUACACUUGAUCUGCAAUCUGACCACUCUGGGGGUGGUGGCGCCUCUGGGUUACAAUGGAUUGCUUAUCCUCAGCUGCACUUUUUAUGCCUUCAAGACUCGUAACGUUCCGGCUAAUUUUAAUGAGGCCAAGUAUAUUGCCUUCACCAUGUACACCACCUGUAUCAUCUGGCUGGCCUUUGUUCCCAUUUACUUUGGCUCCAACUACAAGAUCAUAACCAUGUGCUUUAGCGUCAGCCUCAGCGCCACAGUGGCUCUCUGCUGCAUGUUUGUCCCAAAGGUGUACAUCAUGCUCGCCAAGCCUGAGAAAAAUGUCCGGAGUGCUUUCACAACAUCCACAGUGGUGCGCAUGCACGUGGGUGAUGCCAAGAAAGCUGCCAAGGCUUGCAAGUCCUCCAGCAGCAUGGCCAACUUCUUUCGACGCCGAGGGUCAGCACAAGACAACAUCAGUUCCAAUGGGAAAUCAGUGACAUGGGCGCAGAACGAAGGCGGCUACAGACCAAACCUCUGGAAGAGGAUGUCAUUCCACGUCAAGAAAAAGGAUAUAGAGGUGAACCAGACAGCCAUCAUCAAGCCCUUCUCUAAAGAAGGAGAUACAGCUGAGGACACCGGUGUCACAGAGCAGUAUGAAGAGCCACAGGUGUCUCAGCCUUUCACCUGCUCCCCCUCUCAGUCACCUCUGCCCGCCAUCAGCCAGCAUGCAGUGAAGGCGAGGGCUUUCCAGGGAGGAGAGGAUGGAGAGGAGGCACAAGCUUUACCCACCUACGUACCCGAGCACCCUGCCGGGGUCAGAAGAAGAGGUGGGGACAACAACCAGGGUGCUGUAAUGGUGGAUGGUGAAGACAUUAGCGUCAUAGGUGUGGGUGACAUCGGCAUAGGGAUGAUUGGCAGCCAACCUCAGGGCACCACCAUCAUGGACCAAAUUAGCUGUGUGGUGAACCGUUUCACCGCCAACAUCAGUGAGCUGAACACCAUGAUGCUGCCAGGUGGAGUCACCGUCAGCGCCACCCCCGCCACCGCUCUGCCUGCAGCCGCAGAUGCCACCCCCUGCCCACCUCAGUACCUCCCGCCCAGGAACAGACAGCCCCCCUCCACGGUCACCACAUAUGCCGAGGUGUCGGCCGUCUCCAAUAUCUGCGAGAAUCGACCAGCAGGUAAGAUUUAUGAGCACCUGGCUGGGACUUGCGUGAGUAGCAGGCGAGCCAAGGAUAUGGAGGAGCUGGUGGCUCUGACGCCUCCGUCCCCAUUUAGAGACUCAUCUCUGAGCUCAGACGGCAGCUCGCCACCGUCAAUGUCUCCGGCUUCUGAGGCUGAAUAUGACCAGCUGCUGCUGAAACACUACAGCCAGAGCUCCUCCUCUCUCUAAACGUGCUCUCUCUACACCUUUUCCACCUUAUUUAUCUGUUUGGAGCAUUUUUAAACUCCAAAAAGACAAUGCUUUAGAAUGGAUCAGACACUCGGAUGCCUUUCUACAUGUGGAUAUCCUGAAUGUUUAAACAGUUUUUGAAUUAUGUUUUCACAUCGGACUGAACGCACCCACACACAUGCCUCCUUUAAGUGGACUGACAGAAAAGUACCAUUGGCAUUACUGCAAAUACUAAAUGCUGAAAUUAAGCUGAGCAAGGUCAGUGCUUCAACUUCUGUCCACAAGUGAGUCUGAGAAGACUUGCACACACAUAUGGGCAUUUUCACAGGUUUGAUUCCAAAGAAACACAGAUAAACUGUCAAAUUACCAAAUAAGUUUCAUCACAACUCAUCAGAAAACAGUUACCAAUCACAAGUAGGAGAAUUUAAUUUUACCAAAUAUUUAUGUUCAGUGUUUCUUUGGAUUACUACGGAAGCCAUAAGCGGUCAUGCAUUCAUAUAUUUAAUUCCCCUCUGUUCCAUGAUGACAAGUUUAUUUACGUCAUUAUCAAGAAAUGACAAAUGUUGUUAUCCCGAAAUAACGGGAUAAUUGUCUCGAGAUCUUGAGAUAACAAGACUUUUCCCGAGAUAACGACAUAAUUCAUAUGAGAGCUCGAGAUAAUGAAUCAAAUGUGACCGCCUGAGAUUUCACACACAAGGUCAUGACACGCUGACCUGAUGCUGACUGAUGGAUGUGACGUGCUCCUUUUGACGUUGCACCACUGAAUGAUGUUUCCUACAAUGAAGUAAUAUAUUAGACUAUUCUUUUAUUUUCUGGAGAUCUUGAAUUAAUUAUGUCGUUAUCUCAGGAUAACAACAUUUGUUAAUUCAACACAAUGACAUAAAUAACCUGAGACCUCGAGAAGACAAAUGAAAUGGACAUGCUAUCACGGGAACACAGAGGGAAUCAAAUAUGUGAAUGCAUGACCGCUCUGGGCUUCUGUAGAUUACAGCAAAAAUGGCUCAUGUAUUAAAUCUCUAAAAGGCAUUAGAUUUUUUUUCUUUAAGUAAGAUAUUAGAACACUAAAGAAUUAUUUUUUCCUUAAUCAUUUCUUAUCAUAAACACAAAAGGUGUGACCUGUUUUUAUUGCUAAUAUUAUUGCCGUUGACUCUGUAUAUAUAAUGUUUUUGUUACUGACAGCUGCCUGACUCUUUAACAUUUCGAGCCUCGGGUGGAUGCAGAUCGUAUCAGCAUGAAAAGCAGGAGAAAACAGCUCAGACAACUUUGCCUGAAAUUAGAAAGUCAAACCUGGCACGUUUUCUUCUGCCCUCUAAUUUGUUGUCACUCCCGGAGGACACAUGCGAGCAUUUGAAAUCCUGAAGGAGAAAGUGUACAGAUGCUGCAUUAUGCAAAGCAAAAACCUGCUCUGUGGAGAUUUCUCAGUGACCUUCCUUUUUUAUUGGAAAGAGAACAUUUACUGAGAAUGAAGGCAUUGUCUCAGCGGACACAUCAUCAGGUGUCUAACCCACAAAGAGCUUAUGGACCACUUGGAUGUCUUCUUUUUUUUCUCUCUAGAUGUGACUUAGUUGAAUGUACGAUAAGUUCUCAUAACAAGUGGACCAAAAUGAUGUUCCACCUCAGGAUGUGUCUGAACCAAAAUACUUUAUGACUUCAACUCCUACCUGCUGAAUGAGC